CCGAAGCGGCGCAAUUUCUCCGCGGAGGAGGACCUCGCACUUCUUCGCCAGGCGCUGAGCAAUCGCCCUUUUCUAAAGGAACGAGGCAAGACAAUGGCUGCAUGGGACGCUCUUGCCGCUCAGCUGGUAAGUGAUGCAAACUUCUCUCGGAGUGCCUCUCGUGGCAAGCUGAGCGGCAAGACGGCUCAAGCGCGUUUCGACAAGCUGGUGACGCAGAAACGUCAGCAGAAUGCUGCUGCGUUAGCUGCGUCUGGCGUCGACGAAGAAGAAACGGAGAAGGACGUCUUGCUGGACGAGCUUAUUGCUCUCAUCGAUGACCAUAUCGAAGCCGUGGCUGCCGAGAACGACACCGCCAAGCGCAAGCGCGAUGCAGAUGAGGAGGCGUCACUAACGGCUCGCCGCCUAGCUAUGGAGAGCCUGUCAGCCGGCGAUCCUCCUAAGAAAAAGAACAAAGAGGACGAGAUGAAGGAGUUCCUGUUGGAACUGAAGAGGAUGGAGGCCAAGGAGCAGAAUGAGCGUUGGGAGCAACAAGCCGCUACACGUGCUCGUGAGCGCGAAGAAGAC